CUCCGUAAUGACUGCCAGGAACAAAUUCUCCUUCCCACUGAUAAUCCUCCUGAAAAAUUUAAAGGCCUCCCUUGCGUUGCAUUUUCCUCUGAAGAAGUCCAAGCAAUGGCACAAAGGUUCUCUCGUGCUCUUGUAGGAACCUUCUUUUAUGGUAGACCAAGCCUUCAAUUUAUCCGCCAGUUUCUGGAAAAAAUUGGUUUUAAUGAGUUCUCAGUGGUACUCAUGGACAACACGCACAUCCUCAUCAAUUUCUCCAGCGACAAUGACUUCCAUCGUUGUUUCAAAAGACAAGACUGGAAGGUUGGGAACUACCACAUGCGCAUAUCAAAAUGGACUCCAGACUUUGAUCCAAGGUAUGAAUCACCUAUCCUUCCUAUAUGGAUUUCCAUCAAAGACCUCCCUAUCCACCUUCACUCCAAAUCCUCCCUGAUGAGGAUUGGUAAUCUGUUUGGCAAAGCUCUUAAAAUAGAUGCUACAACAGAGAACUUUGGUCGCCCUUCCACUGCUAGGGUGUGUGUGGAGGUUGAUAUUUCAAAGCCCCCUAUCACCAAGUUCUAUGUCAAAAAUGGCCCCAACCCCCUACUCCUCAUAGCUAUCUUUGAAGAACUUCCAGAAUACUGUGGAGAAUGCAAGGGAGUUGGGAGGCACAACUCCCAAUGCAAGUUCUUCAAACCCCAAACUGAAAACUUGAAAACUCAGGCCAACCAGUCCACUGAUGGCCGGAAAAUACCCCUGGAAACCUCCAUGCAGCAAAAAUACAAGCCCAUCUCCACUCAGUCAGGCAAACAAACACUCCAAGCCAAAAAACCAUCCCUACCCAAGUAUAAUUCAGGAGGGACCCAAAACCCUCUGCCAAACAAUCAUCCCACCCCACCACUUAAUCCCACAACCAGCAAUAAUAACACUUCCAUUUUAAUCCACGACAGUAACACCUCUGCCUCCAUCCCUUCUACCUCAAAACCCAUUUCAACCCAACCCAAUAAUUCCCUAUCUCCACAGCCCAAAACCUCCCUCACUGAAACACCCAGCCCAAUAACCCUCACCCCAAAUAAUAGCCAACCCACUUCAAAACAAUCCACCCCACCCACUGAAAUACCUACGCCCAGCCCAAUAACCCUCAACAACCAACCCACCUCAAAUAAUAACCAACCCAUCUCAGGCCUAAACAUCCUAACACCCAUGCCUCUUCUAAAACCUCAACCCUCAACAACUCAACCACCCCCAGAAAACUUCUUGGAGGAAGCUGACUGGGAAAUCCUGGUUCACAAUGAUAUUCUUGCCAAAUGCUUGGUGAGUUGGGAAGAAAAUCAGCAACUCAAACCUACAGCAAAUCAACCCCCUACUCCCCCCCACACCUCUUUUGAUGACCUGCAUUUACACACAGAAAAUUUAUCUUUAAAUCCCAUUUACCUCUCAGAUACAGAACCUCCACAGAAACAUGAUCCCCUGAAAAAUCUCCCCUCUGCUGAGCUCCACCUUCACCCCUCCACUACUGAUUCCUCAGUCAGUAAACAACAAGAAACACCUGAAAACAAAGACUAUCAGGUUAGGACAGAUGAGGACAUCCAUGAACAACCAUUCACAAUAGUAAGGCUGGCCAUCCUUAUUGCCACACACAAAAUCUCUUUCCUUGCCAUCAUGGAACCCAAAACCACUGCUAAGAAACUCACUCAUUUCCAACUAACCUUGGGCUUCAGUCACUCUAGGUCUUUUCUGGAAAACAGAGUCUGGGUCAUGUGGAAAGAUGAUAACCUAAUCUAUCAACAUCAUCAGGAGAUGGAUCAGGCUAUCAACAUAUAUUUCACUACCCAUAACAGCCCCAUCACCAUCACUACUGUUUAUGGGAAAUACUCAGUUACAGACAGACAAAGGCUAUGGCAUGACAUCACUUCUACAAGCCUUAGCAUGCAGAACCCUUGGGUGAUUGGGGGAGACUUCAACUGCAUCUCCUCAGUGGACCAUCACAAAGGCAUUAACAACCCUUGCCUUAGGAGCAUCCAUGACUUUGACAAAUGUAUCAUGGAUGCCUCUCUAAUAUCACCCAUUGCCACUGGCUCUACCUUUACUUGGACAGGUGUAAGGUCCCUAGGUAGAAUUUGGAGAAGGAUUGAUAGGGUUUUUCACAACAACCAUACUCUUAAUUCUUUCCAGGACAUCACCUGCAACCACCUGCCCAGGAAUACUUCUGACCAUAACCCACUUUUAAUCAAGCUCAGCAACCUCCAUUUUACUGGCCCCAAACCCUUCAGAUAUAUCAAUUGUUGGAGCACUCACAACAGCUUCAUGUCUACUGUCAGCAAUAACUGGGGCCCCUAUGUAGGUGGAGGGAUGAGAGGACUGGGUUACAAACUGAAAAACCUAGGACACAUCCUCCACUCAUGGAACAAGAACACUUUUGGUAACAUAUUCAACAGGGUCAGUUUUUUGGAAGGAGAACUGAAUGUAAUUGAAGAACAAUUUGACACUGACCCAACCCCAGAAAUGAGAUCUCUCAUGCAGGAAACAAAGGCUAAACUUAUUGCUGCUAGCCAACAAGAGUACUCCUACUGGAAACAAAAAGCAAAUAUCAAAUGGACAAAAGAAGGAGAUGCUAACACAGCCUUUUUUCACUCCACUGUCAAAAUAAGAAGAAGCCAGCAAAAGAUAAAUAGUCUCAAGACUAAAGAGGGAAAAUGGCUUCAUAACCAGGAUGAGAUCCAUGAAGAAAUCCUCAACUACUACAACACCCUUUUCAUGUAUAAAGAAUCCCACAAUGACAGAUUCACUGCAAAUAUUCCUAACCUUAUCACUCAGAUGGACAACAACAGCCUCACCUCCCUUCCAGAUGAAAAUGAAGUAAAAGAAGCUGUUUGGUCACUAUCAGCAGACAGUGCUGCUGGACCUGAUGGGUUUAAUGACAACAAGAAGUACCACUGGUCCUCUUGGGAGAAGCUAUGCCUUCCUAAGGAUGAGGGUGGGUUGGGAAUCACUGAUCUCAACACUCUGCAACUAGCCUAUGGUUUCAAAAUGUGGUGGACAUAUACUCAGAACAACUCCCUUUGGGCAAACUUCAUGAGGGCUAGAUACCCUAGGGGACUCUCCAUAGCCCCAAAAAUCAUUGACUCAGUCUACUGGAAAAGGCUUUAUGAGGUCAAUAGUAUGGCAGAUAACCACUUGAGCAUUGACACCCAGGGCAGAAUUCUAUGGAAUACCAACCAUGGAAUCCUAACCUACUUGACAAAUUGGUGGAAACAAGGUGCACUGCAAAAGCACAACAAAGCACUCCUCAAUAUCAUUCCAGGAAUCAUAACCCAUGAGAUAUGGAAAGAAAGAAACAGGAGGAUCUACGAGGAAGAAGAACACACCUUGACACAAACAAUUACAAUCAUCACAAAACAGAUCUACGAAUGGAUUUUCAUCCACCAUAAAGGAAAAACAACGCCGGAUAUCAGAAUUUAUGACAGUUUACCUCCAAUUAGAAUGGGCGCAAUCACUGUACAUCGAUGGGUAUUCCCAGCCACUGGAGUAACACUUACAACAGACGCGGCAAUCAGGGAGGGAAGAUCAGCUGGAGCCAGCAUCCUGCGCACAAGGCACGACCAAUUUCUCAUUGCUUGGACCUAUCCUCUACAACCAAACCUCCCACCAGCUGAGACAGAAAUGGAGGCAGCAUUCGAAGGAGUUGGACAGCGCUGUAGGGAAGCCUACAUCGCUGUUCCAGAAGUUUCUGGAAAUCCAACCUUGGCCAACAGCGAUGUCUAAUGUCCAACAUGGCUGUUGGAAGACUUAACACCAAACCAUGUUUUUAGCUACCCAGAGAUGGUCACAGGGUUGAUUGGUGAACCACACCACUCGAGUUCGAUCCUCAGAAGGAACAACUUUGGGGGAAUUUUAAGGGAGUUAAGCGUGCUGGCCAUGGAGUAGCAGAAAUGAUGGGUGACCCCCUGGGAAGUGUUUGCAGAUUUAUGGGGUUGGGCUUUAGAUUGUGCUUCUUAUAGUGGGCUAUCUGCCUCGGGUGUUUAACGGCCCCCGGGGCGGUCACGAGGUUAACGGGCCUCGGGCCCCCUGCUUGUAACCGACCGUUCCAAUAAUAUUAAUAAAAAAAAAAUUUUAAAAAAUUACGCAUUUAGCACUACUUAUUCUUUUAAACAAAUCUAGCACUUUUUU